UAUUUUUAAAGAAUCAUAAACUCUGAGGAGCGGCCACUGGGAGGUUGAUUGUCGGGACUGGUCCUUACACCGUUAUUACGGUAAUUUGAAGCGCCGCAAAUCUGCGCCAACUGUCGCAGUGUCGGCGCAUCGCUAGCACGAGCGGCUAAACUGCGUAAUCUCGUGCAUGAUGUUGCUGAACGCGAAGAAGAGAAUCGGGAUCUCAGUGUAGUUUUCUCCUCCUGUCCAGUCACGUCGUAUUUAAAAGCGGCAGCGUGAUAAACUGUUCCUCGUGUAUGUGCUUACAAGGGGCUGCUCGUUUCAAAAUGAACAAGCUAGCGUUAGCUGCUAAGCUAACGUAGCAAUACGACGUUCAGACUCGUUGCUAGCGAGCGAGUUUCCCCCCCCCCCCCCCCCGUGGAUAAAACCCGCAAACAUUGACACGCAACAUGGCAGAGUCGUCGCCACUGUCCGGAGUCAACGUUGUCCUGGUCAUGGCCUACGGGAGUUUGGUGUUCGUGCUGCUGUUCAUCUUCGUCAAAAGGCAAAUCAUGCGAUUCGCGAUGAGGUCCCGUCGCGGACCCCAUGCGCCCAUCGGCCACAACGCACCAAAGGGCUUGAAGGAGGACAUCGACUGCAGACUGUCCAAAGUCCAGGAGAUCUGCUUCGAGCCUCGUCUCCUGGCCGAACAAGACGACAGGCUGAAGCAGGGACUGCAGAUUAGUUGCUACAACUACCUGUACAGAAUGAAAGCGUUGGAUGCCAUCCGUGACUCAGGAAUUCCACUGCAGGAGAUCAGCUGCAGUCCCAGUGCGUUCACAGGACGCAACUUCAGGAACUGGCUGCUGGAGUUGCGCAACUCCCACUCUCUGAUAAAGAGCAGCCACAGUGCGCUCAUUGACCGCUUGCUGGAGGGCUACGACAGCGCUCGCCACGGAACUGGGGUGUUUGGGGAAGCAGAGUUUCUUGAAUACCAGCAGGCUCUCAAUGAUCUAACUGAUGUGGUGAAGGCAUACUCCAGCACCACCAGUCUGGACCAGCAUCAUCAGUCUGCAGCCAAGGACCUGACGGGGUCUCCUGUCCGCAGCACUCCCUCCACCAUCCAGGUCACCUACCUGCCCUCCACUGGCCAGCGAAGCAAGAGGCCCAAACACUUUCUGGAGCUCAAAAGUUUCAAAGACAACUACAACACACUGGAGAGCACGCUAUGAAAAUAUCAGUAAGGUGUGUGUGAGCAUGUGUGUCCAAUGGUUACACAGCCUACUGGGAAGCAACAAGUUGUAAAAGACUCUAACUCCGUUUACAAACUGAGCUGUAAAUUUGUUCAAUCCUCUCGUUACAGUAAGGUCAUACUGGGCAAUGACUUUUGUGACUCGUCAUACAUAUAUUUUCCAAGUAAUUUAAAAGAAUUAUAUGGAAAAAAAGGAAUAAUAAUUCAUAACAAUAGUUACAAGAUUUUUUUCCUCAUCAUAACGAUGCCCUAAUGUGCACGUGUUACACCAAAGCCUUUUAUUUUGGACCUAAUGAGUGUGUUCAGAGGACAAGUAUGAUUGUAGCCCACCUGGCAAGAUUUCCAUUGUCAUUUUUGUAGAAACAGCUAAAUUAAUCACAUUCACCAGGAUUCCUUUAAAUUCCUUUUUUAAAAUCUGAAGUCCAAAUGUAAAUAUGAAUGUACCUUUUGAUUUGUUGUGUGUUUGUUGAGAUGUAAGAUAUUUAUAUGGACAGUUCUAACUUAUUUAAGCGACACCGUGUGAUUUUUGUAUUUAUGUGCGGUUGUACACUUUGUGGUUUGAGAUUAAAAAAAACAACCACCUUUCAAACAC